GCGACGCGGCGCAGCGGCCGGGUGACGGCGGCGCCGGCUGCGGCCCUCGCUCUCAAAAUGGCGGACGGAGGCACCGGAGGGCCUGCGGCGGGCGGACGGGUUCCCGUGCGGCCCCAGGAGCGAGCCAUGUGGUGUGAUGAAAGAUUCAACUUCCAAGCUACAUUUUUACAGUGCUUGGCAAAACACGUGCCAAAUAUUUACUCAGCUGAAAUGGACCCCUUGCUGGAGAAACAAGAAGAAAUGGUCCAGGCAGCAAUAUUAUACCCCCUAGAAUGUUAUUUGUUUGGGGAAGACCCAGAUAUAUUCCUCGAGAAACUACAACACAGUGGAACCUCCCAGAUCUGUGGGAAGGUGUUCAAAGGAGGAGAGACAACAUACUCCUGCAGAGACUGUGCAGUUGAUCCAACUUGUGUGCUCUGUAUGGAUUGCUUCCAGAAUAGCAUUCACAAGAACCACCGGUACAAGAUGCAUAGCUCCACUGGAGGUGGAUUUUGUGACUGUGGGGAUACAGAGGCAUGGAAAGCUGGACCACUGUGUACUAAACAUCAACCUGGAGCAUCAGAUUCUGCAAAAGAAGAUUCUGAAUGUCCGUUGAAUGAAGAAAUUAUGGAGCACUCUAGGAGAGUCUUUCCCUCCGUGAUAAAGUACAUCGUAGAGAUGCUUAUAUGGGAAGAAGAGAAGGAGCUGCCUCCUGAGCUCACAAUUAGCAGAGAGAAGGUAGACAGCUACUACUGUGUCCUUUUCAAUGAUGAACAUCAUUCUUACGAUCACGUCAUCUAUAGCCUGCAAAGGGCACUGGGCUGCGAACUUGGUGAAGCCCAGUUGCAUACCACUGCCAUAGAUAAAGAGGGUCGUAGAGCUGUUAAGGCAGGACGUUAUGUCUCUUGUCAGGAAGCAAAAGAAGAAAUCAAGAGGCAUUCUGAAAAUGUUUCCCAACGACCACUUCACGUGGAGGUUCUGCAUGCUGAUGUCAUGGCUCACCAGAAGUUUGCCUUGCGCCUUGGGUCUUGGCUGAACAAACUCAUGAGCUAUUCAAGUGACUUUCGCCAGAUCUUUUGUCAGAUAUGUCUGAGGGAAGAAGCUGGAUCUGAAAAGCCAUGCUUCAUAAGCAAGUUGAUGCUGUGGGAUGCCAAACUUCAUAAAGGGGCAAGGAAGGUUCUUCAUGAACUUAUCUUCAGUAGUUUUUUCAUGGAAAUGGAAUACAAAAAACUGUUUGCUGUGGAGUUUGUGAAGUAUUACAAGGCAUUGCAAAAGGAGUACAUCAGUGAUGACCAUGACAGAGUUCUCUCUGUGACAGCACUCUCGGUUCAGAUGUUCACUGUACCGACUCUGGCCCGACAUCUUAUUGAAGAGCAAAAUGUAAUCACCACCAUUACAGAGACACUCCUGGAAGUGCUUCCAGAGUACCUAGACAAAAAUGACAAGUUCAACUUCCAAGGUUACAGUCAGGACAAACUGAACCGGGUGUAUGCAGUAAUAUACGACCUCAAGUAUGUCUUAGUCAGCAAGCCCACAGUAUGGACAGAGCGUCUGAGAGAGCGCUUUUUAGAAGGAUUUGUUUCUUUCCUAAGGAUUCUGACUUGCAUGCAGGGAAUGGAGGAGAUAAAAAGACAGAUUGGUCAGCACAUUGAGGUGGACCCUGACUGGGAAGCAGCUAUUUCUAUACAGAUGCAGCUCAAGAACAUUCUUUUGAUGUUCCAGGAGUGGUGUGCGUGUGAUGAAGAGCUGUUGCUCAGGGCCUACCGGGAAUGUCAUAAAGCUGUGAUGAGGUGCAGCACAAGUGGCCGCACACGGGAGAAGACAGUGUUUCACCUGUGUGGCCAUACUCUGGAGAGCAGGCCUUACAGAGUGUCUGCAGAUCCUGUCAGCAUACAUUUACCUCUGUCUAGGACUCUUGCUGGUCUUCAUGUCAGAUUAAGCAAGACUGGCACCAUCUCAAGAUUGUAUGAAUUUGUUUCUCCUGAAGAAUUUCAAGUGGAGCUACUAGUAGAAUAUCCUUUGCGAUGUCUUGUCUUGGUUGCUCAGGUUGCAGCAGAGAUGUGGAGAAGGAAUGGGCUCUCCCUGAUAAGCCAGGUAUUCUAUUAUCAAGAUGUUAAGUGUAGAGAAGAGAUGUAUGAUAAAGACAUCAUCAUGCUCCAGAUAGGUGCAUCUCUUAUGGAUCCAAACCAGUUCCUCCUGCUGAUACUGCAGAGAUACGAGCUUGCUGAUUAUUUCAGGAAGAUCAAGCCCACCAAAGAUCAGGAUUUGAUCAAACAAUGUAACGUGUUAAUAGAAGAAAUGCUACAGAUUCUCAUCUAUGUCGUGGGGGAAAGAUACGUGCCUGGAGUGAGUAACGUUACCAAAGAAGAUGUUAUCAUGAGAGAAAUCAUCCAUCUGUUAUGUAUUGAACCAAUGGCUCACAGUGCAAUUACCAAGUCCUUGCCUGAAAAUGAGAACAAUGAAACUGGCUUGGAGGAUGUAAUUGAUAAAGUGGCUACAUUUAAGAAACCGGGUGUGUCUGGCCAUGGAGUUUAUGAACUGAAGGACGAAUGCUUGAAGGAGUUCAAUAUGUUCUUUUACCACUAUACUAAGACUCAGCAUAGCAAGGCUGAACAUACACAGAAGAAAAGAAGAAAGCAAGAAAAUAAAGAUGAAGCAUUGCCACCACCUCCUCCUCCAGACUUCAGUCCUGCAUUCAGCAAUGUGGUGAGGAUCCUGAAAUGUGACAUUAUGAUGCACGUGCUGCGGACCAUUCUCCAGAGAGCAGUAGAACUGGAAACCCACUUCUGGACUGAAGCCAUGAUCCAAAUGGUGCUUCAUCUCCUUUCUUUAGGGUUACUGGAAGAGAAGCAGCAGUUACAGAAGUCUCCAGAAGAAGAAGUAACCUUUGAUUUUUAUCACAAAGCAACACGAAUGGGAAGCUCAGCCUUGAAUGCUGUGAGUGUGUUAAUGCUUCUGGAAAAGCUAAGGGCAGUUCCUCAGUUGGAGGCGCAGAAGGACACAGUCAAUUGGAUACUGCAGAUGUUUGACACUGUGAAAAGGUUGAGAGAAAAAUCUUGUUUGACAACAGCAGCAGCUACAUCGGGCUCAGAAGCUACAAAAGGUGAUGAGACACAAAGCACUCAGGAUAAAGAGAAAGCCGAGCGGAAGAGAAAGGCAGAAGCGGCGAGGUUGCACCGUCAGAAGAUAAUGGCCCAGAUGUCUGCACUGCAGAGGAAUUUCAUUGAAACCCAUAAGCUCCUGUAUGAAAACACACUGGAGACACAAGGGAAAGAAGAUGCUCUUAUGGAGGAAGAAAGCACCUCUUCAGCAAUUGAUUCCUCCAGAAUUGCUUUGGGUCCCAAACGAGGUCCAUCUGUUGCUGAGAAAGAAGUUCUGACCUGUAUUCUUUGCCAGGAGGAGCAGGAAGUAAAGUUGGAAAGUGCUGCCAUGGUAUUAUCUGCCUGUGUCCAGAAAUCAACUGCCUUAACUCAGAAUAGGUGCAAAGUUCUUGAGCUCUCAGGGGAUACCUUAGAUCCCCUCUUCAUGCACCCUGACUUACCUUGUGGGACCCACACGGGAAGCUGUGGUCAUGUAAUGCACGCAGCCUGCUGGCAGAAGUACUUUGAAGCCAUGCAGCUCAACUUUCGACAGCGUCUGCACGUCGAACAGAUCUUUGACUUGGAGAAUGGAGAGUAUCUCUGUCCACUUUGCAAAUCUCUGUGCAAUACUGUGAUUCCUCUUGUUCCAUUGCAGCCUCAGAAAAUAAACAGUGAGGAUGCAGAGGCAGUAGCUCAAAUUCUGUCACUUGCUAGGUGGCUGGAGAUUAUCCUAGUCAGGAUUUCGGGCUACAGUGACAAAAAUGUCAAAGGAGAGAAAGAAAGUCUGGCAGCUCUCACCCACAAGGGAGUGGGGAACUCUGCUUUGGAAUUCCAUUCCAUCCUUAGUUUUGGAGUUCAAUCCUCAGCCAAAUACUCAAGCAGUAUCAAGGAGAUGCUUAUUCUCUUUGCCACCACCAUCUACAGAGUCGGGCUAAAAGUUGCUCCCAAUGAAGCUGAUUACAGGAUUCCCAUGAUGACCUGGAGCACUUGUGCUUUUACCAUCCAGUGUAUAGAGAACCUCUUGGAAACAGAAGGCAAGCCUUUAUUUGGAUCCCUACAAAAUAGACAGCACAGUGGCCUUAAAGCAUUAGUGCAGUUUGCAGCUGCUCAGAGGACAACAUCACCACAGAUCCUGAUUCAGAAACAUCUGGUUCGUCUUCUGGGAGUUCUUCUACCACACCUUAAAGUGGAGGACACACCAUCCCUCUUAGAAGUAGACAUGUUCCACGUUUUGGUGGGAGUUGUGUUAUCCUUUCCAUCUUUAUACUGGGAGGAUGCUGUAGACUUGCAACCUUCAUCAAUUAGUUCAGCCUAUAACCACCUCUACCUCUUCCAUCUGACAACCCUGGCACACAUAACACAGAUCGUUGUCUCUUCAGCAACAGAGUCCACUACCACUCGAUUGCCCGACAGCAGUGAGGAGGCACAGUCUGCACAAGCUUUCUGUAGAGAGGUUUGCCAGUACACCAGUGGUUGCUUUAGUCAGGAUAUUCCAGGCUGGCUUGUGUGGGAUUGUGUUAAAAAAGGCAUCAUGCCUUACCUUCGUUGUGCUGCUUUAUUUUUUCAUUAUUUGCUGGGAGUUUCUCCACCUGAGGAACUACUACAAGUUUCUGAAGAAGGGCAAUUCAAGGCACUUUGCAAUUACCUCUCCCUACCUACCAACUUGUUCCUGCUCUUUGAGGAGUACUGGGACACAGUAAAUCCACUGCUCCAGAGGUGGUGUGCUGACCCCGUGCUGUUGAGUUGUUUGAAGGGGAAAAGCAUUGCAGUAAGGUAUCCUAGGAAAAGAAAUAGUUUAAUAGAGCUUCCUGAGGACUAUAGCUGCCUUCUGAACCAAGCCUCUCAGUUUAGAUGCCCACGAUCUUCUGAUGACGAACAAAAACAUCCAGUGCUGUGUUUAUUCUGUGGGGCUAUGUUGUGUUCCCAGAAUACUUGCUGCCAGGAACUGGUGAACGGCGAGGAGUUGGGAGCCUGUACUUCUCACGCUCUGCAGUGUGGAGCUGGAGUCUGUAUGUUUCUCAAAAUCAGGGAGUGCAAAGUUGUCCUCAUCGAAGGUAAAACCAGGGGCUGCUUGUAUCCUGCUCCUUACUUGGAUGAAUAUGGAGAAACAGAUCCAGGUCUGAAAAGAGGCAAUCCCCUGCACUUGUGUCGGGAGCGUUACCGGAAGCUGCAUCUGCUGUGGCAGCAACACUGCAUCAUAGAGGAGAUUGCCAGGAGCCAAGAAACCAAUCAGAUCUUCUUUGGAUUCAACUGGCAACUGCUCUGAGUGAAAACUCUUACCUUGUGGCAGUGCUUUGGAAAAGGAAAGGAGGGUGGGCAGUAAAUGAUCUACUCUCGAGUGGAUGCUGUAGUUCGGACACAAGGAUGGAUUCUCUAGGCUGGGUGUAUUACUGAUAACAUUGAAACAGUCUCAUGUCAUAUGUUUUGUGCUUUUUUAUUCCCCAGAAAGGGAAAACAGCAUUGUAGAAUUAUCACUGAACAUUCAGGUCCAGAAAUAUUUCCACUUCUUGAAGGAGCUGUAGUUGUUUCCCACGUUUUGCUGAGGACAGCUUCCCAAAGCCGUGCCUCGGGCCACAGACCCCAUUUCUGUCUCUUCCACACCGUGAGAAACCUAAAUGGGGUUGCUGUGGAAAAGCCUCCUUUGCUUUCUUCCUGGGUUCUUUUUCCCAGGCUUAGUGAAGCUUUUAAAUAGGUCAAGAUCUGUGGGCACAAGGUUGGAGUGGAGGCGGUGCCAGGCCUUCAGCAGUAGUAACAGCUACAGCAAACGUUGUUGUGCAGUUACACCGAGCCACAGGUGGCAGGGCUUGGUUCAAGCCUGGGUUUGACUGUGUCCUGGCAUUUGAUGAAGAGUUUUCAUUACUGAACUCUUUAAAGAAGUAGUGUGGGAUAGAAAGUGCAUGGGGGAAUUACCAUCUUGCUUGUUGCAUCCAAAAAUAAAACCUGUGCUUUUUGCAUUGCCAGAGCUGCACUUUAUCUGAGGAGUUCGCCCUGUGUUCCUGUCGUGUGUCCCGAGAGGUCUCGGGCCACACCAUUUGACAAGCUUGUGCUUAGUUUUACUUCUUUACAGUGUGUCUUCUGAGAUUUUUUUUUCCCCAAGAACCAAAUGUGAAAGUCCUGUUAGGUAGUUGUAGUGUAGCUCCAAGUUAUACGAGAGAUGGAGACUUCAGUAAAGUAGAAGACCUUCAGAGCUCUCACUGGACUAAAAUCAAGGCCCAAAAGCAGCGAGUUUUAGAAUCACAGAUAAGUUUGCCCACAUUUGAGGCUUUUUUCCACCCUUCAUCCUCUGUCACUGUUUGGAGCCCUACCUGCAUAAAGGAGAUGGUGUGUUUUGGGAGGCGUGUUCGGUUGUUCAGUGCCAGUUAGACCAGAAGAGGGAAAAAACCCAGGUGGCUAAAUCUCUGCUGUGACAAGUGCUGGCUGCACUGCGCUGUUUUUGUCUCUUUGCUUUUCAGUAGCUAAUUACUGUGGUUGAACUCCCUGUCUGUGGUGUGUGACUGUACUUCAGUUCUAAAUGUUUGUUGUUCUGUUUUCUGAACUUCAGCCAUGGGAUACACAAGAGGGUUUGUAAUGGGGUGGGUAAAAGUGCUUUCCCAGUACUCUAAAUUUCCCUGCCCCUCUGCUAAUUGGAUUCCUGUGUUUCAUUUUAAUGAGGCUUGCAAGGGGAGCCUUUCAAAUGAAUGUCUGAGAAGGUGUUUUUGUAUUAUUUGUGAUUCUAAUAUCCCCCAUGCAGCCAUUUAGAUUAAAAUGUCAUUGUUCUCCUGGUUUUUAAAGUGUUUUGAGUGUGUAUGAGUGCAUUGAGCAGCACCACAACUCAUCUGAACAUGAAAUUGCAAUGAACUCCAAUACUCUGGUAUCAACACCUUUUCUGUACCUGCUGUUGUAACCUUUCCCUGGUGAUAGAAGUAGUUGGCUUUGGUAUAUUUUUCAGGUAUUCUGUUUCUCACAAUUAAGACCUUUCUCCUUACUUUGAUUCUUUCAGAUUUUAAAGCUGAAUAUGAAACUCCUUAAAGAUAAACAUCAGUUCAGUUAGCCUUCUCCAAAAGGUACAUGAAAUGCAUAGUGAAUUUAGGAGAGCAGUUGUCAGGAGUACUUGCAUGCAUCGGUGAUUCCCAAGUCAUCGAAACACUCGUUACCAACAAAGCCGUUGGAUUCAUGUGUGUCCCUGAUACCAGAACUCUGUUCACUUACUGUUUCCCUCUGAUACCUGUCAGAACUUCUCAGUUACCUUGCACUUCACUGAUACAAAAGUUGCAUUACCAAAUAUGCAGUGAGAUCACUUUGUUUUCUGCCUGAACACAAGCACAUAAGGACAGGGGCUGGUCUGAGCAGCUUGAGCUCCUGUUGGAAGCUCCAGAAAUCUCUUGGUAGCCGAAGAAGUGGGAGAGGAAAGUUGCAUCUUCCUGUACGUUUGCACACACUAACUUAAGCAAAUGGGCUCCCAUAUCAUCCACUGACCAGCCUGGUCAUCUUUCAUUUCAUCAAUUACUAUGCAGUUUUGUUCACUGUGAGUAUAAUCUGUAUGUCGUGAUCGCAAGAUGCUUACGCCGCUGGUCUCUUUUCCAUCCAAACUGACAGGAGAAGUUAUUUGAUAAUGCACAUAUUGGUAUCUUUAACUGCAAAACUGUAAAUUUGAAACUUGUAUAAUGUUCUUGUGCUUUUGAAAAGAAAAUAUCUUGUAUAUGUAUAUUUAAAA